AAGCUAACUCACUUAUAAGUUGCAACACUUCUCUCCCUCUCUCUCUUUCUCGACAGAAGCAAAUAGAAACACACAAUGGGUCCUGCUUCUUCAUUGUUCUUCAUGGGUCUGGUCAUGGUGGUGGGCUCAGUUAGCUCAUCCAGAUUCGAUGAACUGUUCCAGGCACAAUGGGCCUUGGAUCAUUUCGUUUACCAAGGGGACACAGUUCAGAUGAAGCUCGAUAACUUUUCGGGGGCAGGGUUCUCAUCAAAGAACAAAUACAUGUUUGGGAAAGUGAACGUGCAGAUAAAGCUUGUUGAGGGCGACUCUGCUGGAACUGUCACUGCUUUUUAUAUGUCAUCGGAUGGUCCAAAACACCAUGAAUUCGAUUUUGAGUUUCUUGGCAACACCACUGGGGAACCCUACAUAGUCCAAACCAAUGUUUAUGUGAAUGGAGUGGGUAACAGAGAACAAAGAUUGAACCUCUGGUUCGACCCGACUAAGGACUUCCAUUCCUAUUCCAUCCUCUGGAACCAACGCCAAGUUGUAUUUUUGGUGGAUGAUACGCCGAUCAGAGUCCACUCCAACUUAGAACACAAGGGCUUGCCAUUCCCCAAGGACCAAGCCAUGGGCGUGUACAGUUCCAUAUGGAACGCGGACGAUUGGGCCACUCAGGGUGGUAGAGUCAAGACAGACUGGUCCCAUGCACCUUUCAUUGCUUCUUACAGAGGUUUUGAAAUCGAUGGUUGCGAGUGUCCAGCCACCGUGGCUGCCGCAGAAGUUUCAAGAAAGUGCAGCAGUAGCGCUGAGAAGCGUUACUGGUGGGAUGAACCCAGAUUGUCUGAGUUAAGCCUGCAUCAGAGCCACCAACUUCUGUGGGUUCGAGCCAACCAUAUGAUCUACGACUACUGCACAGACACCGCGAGGUUUCCGGUCACUCCUGUGGAAUGCCAGCACCACCACCACUAGUCUUGGAUGUUGUAUGAAUGGUUUCAAAAAGGGGUUCAAUCAGGAUGUAGAAAAACAUAAAAGUCACUUGAAGUCAAUAGACACAUGAACUCCAUGUUAAGUAGUUUCCUCCUGCACACAUUGUAAAAUAUGGGUAAUGUGGAAUGUAAAAUUGUUUCUUUCA